AUGGACCCCGACAAAAAAGCAACUUGCUAUGCUGCAAAAUCUGUCAAGAACCGCAUACGGACGAAGCCUCCGCUUGUCUCGAAUUCAUUUCCCUCCUCUCGUCGAACCCGCGUCUUUCUCUUUCUUCGAACGAACUUCUCUCCAUGGCUGCCUAACGUUCGCCGCGCUCUCCGUCGCAGAGAUUCGUUACCUCCCCAAACCGCCGCCGCCUCCUCCUUCCUCCUCGGCCCAAUCUCCGAACCCAGCUUUUCUCCUACCGCCUCCAGCGACGAAACGUACGUGGAGACGCAGCUCCCGUUCACCGGCCACAACUGCGAGCCUCCUUCCCGAUCCGUCUCUACCUCCUCCUCCGAGCUCCUCUCCUUCUUCAGAGACAUGGCUCUGAUGCGCCGCAUGGAGAUCGCCUCCGAUUCUCUCUACAAAUCGAAACUAAUCCGCGGUUUCUGCCACCUGUACGAUGGCCAGGAGGCCGUUGCGGUCGGCAUGGAGGCCGCUAUCACCAAGAAGGACGCCAUCAUCACCGCCUACCGCGACCACUGCAUCUUCCUCAGCCGCGGUGGGACCCUCCUUCAGGCCUUUGCUGAGCUCAUGGGUCGACGGGAUGGAUGCUCCCAUGGAAAAGGGGGAUCCAUGCAUUUCUACAAGAAAGAUGCUAAUUUUUAUGGAGGGCACGGGAUCGUUGGGGCUCAGAUCCCGCUGGGAUGUGGGGUUGCUUUUGGGCAGAAGUAUAUGAAGGAUGAGAGUGUAACUUUCGCCUUGUAUGGAGAUGGGGCUGCCAACCAGGGUCAGCUGUUUGAGGCUCUGAAUAUGUCGGCUCUGUGGGAUUUACCUGCCAUCUUGGUUUGCGAGAAUAACCAUUAUGGAAUGGGAACUGCAGAAUGGAGAGCAGCCAAGAGCCCGGCGUACUACAAGCGUGGAGAUUAUGUUCCUGGUCUCAAGGUGGAUGGAAUGGAUGCUCUUGCUGUGAAGCAAGCAUGUAAAUUUGCUAAAGAACAUGCCCUUAAGAAUGGACCCAUUAUCCUUGAAAUGGACACAUACAGAUACCACGGUCACUCCAUGUCUGACCCUGGGAGCACCUAUCGUACCCGUGAUGAGAUCAGUGGUGUGAGACAGGAACGUGAUCCAAUUGAAAGAGUUAGAAAAUUGAUACUAGCCCAUGAUGUAGCAACUGCCGCAGAGCUCAAGGAUAUUGAGAAACAAGUGAGGAAGGAAGUAGAUGAUGCCAUUGCUCAGGCCAAGGAAAGCCCAAUGCCUGAUAGUUCAGAGCUAUAUACCAACGUGUAUGUCAAAGGAUUGGGUGCAGAGGUGUUUGGUGCAGAUAGGAAGGAGGUGAAGAGUGUUCUUCCAUGAAAAAAGAGAACUUCUUUGAGAUCAGAAAAGCUUGAAAAUAAUCGUUGGACUUCCUUUUGGAUGACAAAAUUUUGAAAAUAAUUAUUGGUUUGCAGGGUGAUUAAAUGUAGUUGUGCUUGUGCGUUUCUAGAGGGCAUGCCACCGUGCAAUUUUAGGAAUAUCUGGCACUUCAUAUUUCUACAACUUAGAUGGACAUAAAGCAGGCCUGUUUUCAAGUCUUUUUGCUAUUCUUUAUUUUUCGUUGGCACGAGUGAUGCGUAUUAUAUCUUAACAGAAUCGAACAUUUGGUCAGUCUUAGGUAUCAACAUUUUGAGGGAAUUGUUUGGUUUUGCUGGCUUCUGCUGUAUAGCUAGAAAGCCGAUGACUGAUUUUUAUGGCAUCUAAAUGGGUUUUAUCA